AUGAUAGCGUAUACAUCGUUAUUUGCUAUGAUUUUUGUCGGCGGUCUCCUAGUUUCUGUUCUCGCUCAGAUCCGGAAAAAACGUCGAAGCAAAUUUCACACUGUACGGAGUUUACUGAUCCACUACUUUAUCAAUCGCUUUGUGUAUCUCUUGGGAGCUAAAGCAAGAAGACGCCUGGAAAAAGACACAAAAAGUUUUCCUCAAGUUCAAGAAACAUUUUUGUUGAACAUUCUCAGGAAAAACUCAAAGACUAAAUAUGGCAGAGAAUUCAAGUUUCAAGAAAUAAGGAGCUGCCGGGAUUUUACUGAUGUUCAUCCCAUCACCAAGUAUGAUCACUACAAACCAUUUGUGGGUAAGUGGAAAGAUGAACGAAAUAUGAAGCCGGGUAACAGAACAGUCUGCAUGUGACGACUGUAAUAGCUUAAGGCAUAUACAGGUUUGCGCUUGUCGGUUAGUAAUCACGAAUUUGUCACUGACCACUCCCAAGUUAAAGAGGCAAGACCUUGAAGCUGAUUUUAUCCAGCAGUGAUCAUUCAUAGAAAAUAGAUUCGCGUUAUCUUGCUAGGCGUAACAUUGAAUAGAGUAAUAUAUACGCAAAAAAAGAAUGAUUUGAAAUAUUCAAGUAAUUUAUUUUGGUGAAGAAAUAAAAAAACAAAUUGAUGUUUUUGUCUGAUUACAGAAAUAAAUCAAACCUCUGGAGAACGUUCUUGGAUAACUUAAACUCUGAAAUACGGAUAAGCCAUUGAUACUGGUCAAUACAGAGAUUAAUAUUUGUUUCAUUCGUUGAUCUGUUCCUUUCUGACGAGCAUCUUGCGCCAAAAGUUUUUAAUCAUUUCACAACAGCAAUUCAUAUUGAUAUUUUCUGAAAAAAUGAAAAAGAUAAGGAUUGUUUUCUAUUGUUUUUGUGGCUUCUUCCAGCUUUGAAGAGCACGGAAAAGAUAGAUAAGAAAACAGGAAUUCUCUAACUCGUAAAAUUUUCGAUGAAACCUAACUUUAUCACUAAAAGCAGAAUUUACAACUGAGAUACAAUUUUAGGAUAAUUUGGUAUUCGCGCUAGGACAAUAAGAUUUUAUGCCUGAGAGUUCUUUAUUGAAUAUCAAAAAACCUCUUCCGUAACUCAUCAAAGUAAACGUUUUAACCAAGUUUAUAAAUUUAAUUUUCACCACAGAUGAAAUUUAUCGAGGAAAGACGAAUGUACUGACCAAUCAAGAUCCUUGGAUGUUGGCGGUAACAUCCGGAACAACAGGAAGAAGCUGUCUUAUUCCCAAGACACGAAACAAUUCUCGAGUAUUCGUGGAAUACGGAUUCUCCGUGGGACUUUAUCACACUUUGUUUAACGUUCUACCCCUGGUGAGCAGAAGUAAUUGUUAAAUGAGAUUAAAACAUUGCCACACAGGAUGGAAAGAAUAACAUAAUUUUCUUCUUUUUGCGGUCCCUCAAGUGUUCCUGUGUUGCUUUAACGGAGUUUUUUUUACGUCAGGUUAAGAAUUAUCCUUUUUUGUGUGCUUAGCUUUCGUGACCUUGAUCUCCAUUUAGGAAUCGCAACAGAAAGCAGUCAUACGCAAUAGAUAGAGCUUUAGAACACGAGAUUAGCACGAAAAGCUAAGGGUUAUGCAAGUGUGGGUAGCCAUGUGAACCACAAACAAUUAUGGUGUGGGUAGAAAUUUCUAGAAUUUUUAUCUCUAAUUUUACAUUUAAAAUCUAAUUUUCCAAAUUAAUUUUCCAAAUCUAAUUUCACAACUGACAACUGCAUUAUUAAUGACUUAUUUAAUGGCAUCUGAGCGAUCAAUACGCCAAGGGCACGCAAUUUAUCAGCAUGGCAGGCCGCACGGGCUUGAAUUUCUGUACUCAGAAUGUCCUGACCAAGUCAGGCGGCCAUGGCCGAUUAAUCUCUCUUUACCAGAAACCCUGUAACAUGAUUCAUCUUUCCUUAGGCGGACAGCUUACAGAAGUCUCUUAAACUGUUUCACGCUCCUCAAGUAAGAUGCUCAGAAGGAGGGAUUCCAAUAGGACCUUCAACUUUAGCGCCUUCAUUACAGCUCCACGCCCUGUCCACUCCCCGAGUGCACCUUGACGUCCCGUCUGAACCCGCUGGACUUUAUAUUCACGUCUUGUUUGCACUGAGAGAUAGAGACCUGGGUGCGAUUCUGGGCAAUUUUGCGUUUUGGAUUCACGGGGUUUUCGUCUUCCUUGAGAGAAACUGGAAAUUAUUGGUGCAAGACUUGGAGAAAGGUGAAAUCAAUAUGGAUCUUGACAUAACAGAUGGAGUUCGAAAGUAAGUAUUAUGAAUUCAACCCAAACGUUCCCUCAGAAUAUCAACUACUUUUUUGUUGUUGUGUGAUCAUAACUGAUUGUAUCUUCUUUGUCUGCCUCUUAUUUCCAAGAGAGCUAAAUAAGCUGCUAAAGCCAGAUAAACAACGAGCAAAUGAACUAAGGGUGGAGUUUCAGAAGGGCUUUGAUGGAAUCGCCAGGAGAAUUUGGCCACACCUUGCAUAUGUUCAUGGAGUAGUGUCAGGUGAGCUCUCGUCACAAUAUUGUCGCAUGUUUCGAAAAUAUCAGCUUAAAUUACUUACGCUUGUCAAGUUUUAACCAUAUGACUGUUAUUUGUAUAAAAAAGAAUCUUGCUAUUGCGACCAUCAUUGGGCCAUCAAAAUUUGACACCAUUAACGGAGUAUCAGCUUUCCUCACAUCUGUUAUUUGUUAAGUCACACAGCGCACUCCCCCCUCCCCCCCUCCCCUCGGAAAAAGGUUUUUGAAGGAAGGGCUGGUGGCUAACAUUACAAAGAACAACUGCAAUGGAGAGUAACGACGUGGUUUAGAGAGCAAAAGACUGGACUUAUCCUGUUUGGGGCAUAAAACUUGGACGCAUGUAGGAGGGGGAUGCAGUCGUAGGGCGUAAGGAAAGACUUGCAGCAUGUUUUGCACAUCAAAAAAAGAGAAAAUUUCCAUGCUGCAUCUUCUUCCCUUUAAGGUUCUUCUGAGCUUUAUGCCACGCAGUUACGGGAGCGCUAUCUCAAGGGUGUGGCACUGUGUUCCACCAUAUAUGGAGCAACUGAAGGAUUGAUUGGAGUGAACUUAUGGCCACUGAACUCGGAACUUUGCUAUCUCCUUGUACCUCGCUCAAUGUUCUUUGAGUUCAUACCACUGGAGCAUACUCACGAAGAACAACCGAAGGUAUUUGAAAGAGCUAUCUUGUUUCUCACGUUCAAGCAACGAAAUGUCACCUAUUUCAGAAUAAACAUAACCGCUCAAAAAGAACGUCCAUGAACAAACGAACCCAGAGAUCGCUAGCACUUCAUAUAUUCUGACAAGUUAGGCAAGACAGGCCGGUUAUUAAAACGUAUUUGCUUCAUCUUGCUUUGUGAUUGGUCCAGAAAACUUGUGCCAUCUUCUCAACCAAUGAGACGCCAGACGAACAUCACUUGUGACCUAAUCACCCGUGUUUUCCCCCGCUUUUGGUUGUUUGCCCGACUGUUUUAGCUUUGAGUUCUUAAUGGCUUAUAAUUAUAUUUUUAUUCGUUACAAUUGGCCGCAGCGAUUAUUUUGGUUUCGCCUUUUUGACAGUCAAUUUAUAAUUGCUCUUAAAUUUUUCCAGUGUUAGUCAAAAGUCUACUUUCCAGCGUUCAUAAAAGCCGACGUUUUGAAAUGUUUGGAAAUGAAAUGUUUUAACUUUAGGACCAUUAAGAAUGUUUUUUUUUUUAAUAAAGACUAGCUGGCAGCCACGUGCUAUAAAGACUAAACAAUUUCAGUUACAGCCUUAAUCGUCUCGAAGGUUCAGCCUUGUUAAAGUGGUUUUUUUUUUUUAAAUGGGCAUACUGUUGUGAUAUGAUCCCAUUUGUGAAUGUACUUCUCCCAUGAAACGGCAAAAUUGUCAUCUCUAGUGACAAUUAUUCCGGAUCUCCUUUACUUAGGUCAUUCUUUCUAUCACCCAUCCUUAAAGUUGAUGGGAUAUCACACACCGCCCCCUUCCCCUGAAAAGAAACGUUAGUUUAUCCCUGGUGGUGUAAUGUAUGACAUUCCAAACAACGACUGCGAAGAGACAGUUUAGCCAUGCACAUGUCAUAUUUUUUACAGACGCUGUUUGCUGAUGAAAUCGAACCCGGUUGCUUAUACGAACUAGUGGUAACCACACUGAGCGGUUUGUAUCGUUACAGGAUUGGAGAUGUGGUGAAAGUUGUCCGUUUUUACAACAAUUGCCCGGUGGUAGAGUUUCAGUACAGACAAGGUCAGCUAUUAAACAUGCGCUCGGAGAAAACGACUGAGACGAUGAUGUACGAGGCAAUUACGAAUGUGCUCCGAGGGAAAGGCGAGAAAUUUAACCUCGUGGAUUACACAUGCGCAGAGAGCAUUCUGUUGGAUUUUAUCCCAACGAAGAUGGAUUUCGUUAAGGAAAAUAUUGGCCAGGGUAAAAACAACAACCACAGAUGCAAGGCUGACUUCGAUGAUGUUAAGCCAUUCUACAUAAUUUUCUUGGAGCUUAGUGCAACGCGAGACCCAGGAGAGAAUAGGCCGCUUUCACAGGAGGUAAGAAUCAAAGCUAUCUCUUUGUCUCCUCACUUCUUCUGGUAGGAACUGUAGUUAUAAAAUUUGAACUGCUGAGGAAGAUGCUACUACAGGGAUAGGUAGAUGAACGAGGUCCAGAGCUAUUAACACCAUCAUUAUCGCUAUGAUUAUAGUUAUCGUUAUCGUUAGCACUAUCAUUAUAAAUUUCUCCAUCAUUAUUUUUACACCAUUGUCAUUACACUCUUAUCAUAGCGUCAUCUUAACCGUUGUAAAUAAAGUAAACUUCCGAUGUUGUCAAAAAACUAAAAACCAUAGUAAACACAAAGGCCAAUCAGAACAAAGCUUGCUUUCAUCAUUAGCCAAUGAGAACUCAGAGUAAAACCAGGUAAACUGCAUAAGACGCAGGAAAACGUGGGUGACCAAAUCGAAAUUUGUUUCAGUUUUACAUCUGACUUGUUGAGAAGAUGGCACACGUUUUCUUGACCAAUCAGAGAUAAUUUCAGUAAAACAAUCUGAAUCCAGGAUAACUAUCGUCACCUAAUUAGUUACUACUCGAACACAUAAUCGCGUUUGUGUAAUUCAGCCUCGCAUGUAUGUCUGUUGCCUUUUUAAAACUGUCACUGAUUUUCCUUUUAGUUGGACCACGCCCUUUGUGAGGUGAAUCCAUUUUAUCUCAUUCGUCGUGAAAAUGGCGGCUGUAUUGACAGACUCAAAGUUUGUUUGGUCCAACCAGGUACGUUCAAGAAAUUUCGCGACUUUCUACUCAAAGUCACACCAACAGCCGUCAACCAACUGAAGAUUCCGCGGAAACUGAUGUCGAAAGAACAACUGAUGUUCUUUUGCGAGAAUUCUGGCCACAGAGCACGUUUAAAUAAUUAG